AUGUUACAAGUUAUCUUAGAAAAACUUCAGUUCCCAGACUAUUGGAGGAAAUCAUACCAUGAAUGGGGCUUGGAAAGUUGGUCCAGUUUCUUUCAUGAAACAAAACAUGACAAAUCAUUGCAAGUGUGUCGCGCCUCUCUAGUUGCAGAACUUAAAACUUUAACAGAAAAUUUAGCACCUGGAAUGUGUGAAGCGAAGAAAGCUCUAGCUUUAAGAAACUUAGAGGUUAGUAUUUCACUAAUGAAAAGUAGUGAAGUGUGCUACACUGUGUUCUGCUGGUAUAGGGAAGAAGAGCGUCCAGCCGUUGUG